AUGUCCGAAGAAACGUCCCAAAAAGCUCACUAUUCGUCAAUACUCGGAGCAGAUCCUUUACUAAUUGAUGCCUCUGAAAUGGCCAGAUAUGAGGUAUGGGCAAGAAACACUUCAAAUGAUGUGUUUAAGCUACUGAAACCUCAACAGAAUGGACGUCGCUAUCACGCCUAUCGCGAAGGAAUUUAUAUCGGGCCGAAUGACGAAGCAGAACAAGACCGCAUGGGCCUAGUGCACCAUAUAUACUCUCUGUUGCUGGAAAGAAAGCUCCAUCUGGCGCCUCUUAGCGAGAGCCCCAAACGUGUUCUUGAUCUGGGCACUGGGACCGGCUUGUGGGCCAUAGAUUUCGCUGAUGAACACGAAAAUGCUCAGGUUAUUGGUAAUGAUUUGAGUCCUAUCCAGCCGAAAUGGGUACCGCCAAACUGUCAGUUUGAGAUAGACGACCUCGAAUCAGACUGGAUGUAUAAAGCGCCAUUCGACUAUAUCCAUGCGCGUGAACUGUCCGGGUGCAUAGGCAACAUCGACAAGCUUUUUCGGCAAGUAUUUGACCAUACAAGUUCUGGAGGUUACUUUGAACUCCAAGCUGUCAGCGCCCAUUUCUUAUCCGAUGAUGAUACUGCUGAGAAGGCUGUCACUGCUCAAGGGUGGAUGAAAAACAUCCGUGAGGGUGGUCGAAAAUUCGGUAAGCCGUUGGAUGACGCUUGUGAAUGGAAACAGAAAUUGGAAGAUAUUGGUUUCGCGGACGUUACAGAAACGUUACUUAAGAUACCCCUAGGUACUUGGCCUAAGGACGCGAGAAUGAAAGAAAUCGGGAAGUUCGGGUUCGUUGGAGAGUUGCAAGCUAUUGAGGCUUAUACACCUGCACUAUUCACGCGAGUCCUUGGUUGGAGUGAAGAGGAGAUGCAAGUAAUGAUGGACAAGAUCAAGGAAGAGCUCUUUGAUCGAUCACUGCAUUUAUACCUUCCAGUCCAUGUUGUAUAUGGUCGGAAACCUUGA